AUGGAGACUGAACAACAGGAAGAGACCUUUACCAACACAGAGACAAAUGGUAAAUUUGGCAAACGUCCUGCAGAAGAUAUGGAGGAAGAGCAGGCCUUCAAAAGAUCUCGGAACACGGAUGAGAUGGUUGAAUUACGCAUCCUGCUUCAGAGCAAAAAUGCUGGAGCAGUGAUUGGAAAAGGUGGCAAAAAUAUUAAGGCACUUCGUACAGACUACAAUGCCAGUGUUUCAGUCCCAGACAGCAGUGGCCCCGAGCGCAUCUUGAGUAUAAGUGCAGAUAUAGAGACAAUUGGAGAAAUCUUGAAGAAGAUUAUCCCUACUUUAGAAGAGUAUCAACACUACAAGGGCAGCGACUUUGACUGCGAAUUAAGACUUCUUAUUCACCAAAGUUUGGCAGGAGGAAUAAUUGGUGUCAAGGGUGCUAAAAUUAAAGAACUCAGAGAGAACACUCAGACCACCAUUAAGCUCUUCCAAGAGUGUUGUCCUCAUUCUACUGACAGAGUGGUGCUUAUUGGUGGAAAACCUGAUAGAGUCGUUGAAUGUAUCAAGAUUAUCUUGGAUCUUAUCUCUGAGUCUCCGAUUAAAGGACGGGCCCAGCCUUAUGAUCCCAAUUUCUAUGAUGAAACAUAUGACUAUGGUGGCUUCACAAUGAUGUUUGAUGAUAGAAGGGGACGUCCAGUAGGCUUUCCGAUGCGUGGAAGAGGAGGUUUUGAUAGAAUGCCCCCUGGUCGUGGUGGCCGACCUAUGCCUCCAUCGAGAAGAGAUUAUGAUGAUAUGAGCCCUCGCAGAGGACCUCCACCGCCUCCACCAGGUCGUGGUGGUAGAGGUGGCAGCAGAGCUCGUAAUCUUCCUCUUCCUCCUCCACCACCUCCUCGUGGCGGGGGGGAUCUUAUGUCCUAUGACCGAAGGGGCAGACCGGGAGACCGUUACGAUGGCAUGAUGAUGCAGUGUCACGUGGAUGCUUGUGACGACAUGCAGCCACCAGAGUUGUUUGAAGGUGGCUCUGGAUAUGACUAUUCUUAUGCAGGGGGGCGCGGUUCAUAUGGAGACCUUGGUGGACCCAUCAUCACAACACAAGUAACGAUUCCCAAAGAUUUGGCAGGAUCUAUUAUUGGAAAGGGAGGCCAGAGAAUCAAACAAAUACGUCAUGAGUCAGGAGCUUCGAUCAAAAUUGAUGAACCAUUAGAAGGCUCAGAAGAUCGGAUAAUAACUAUUACAGGAACACAGGACCAGAUACAAAAUGCACAGUAUUUACUGCAGAACAGUGUGAAGCAGUAUGCAGAUGUUGAAGGAUUCUAAUGCAAGAUUAUUUUUUCUUUUUUAUAGUGUGAAGCAGUAUUCUGGAAAGUUUUUCUAAGACUAGUGAAGAACUGAAGGAGUCCUGCACCCUUUUUUUUUUUAUCUGCUUCUGUUUAAAAAGCCAACAUUCCUCUGCUUCAUAGGUGUUCUGCAUUUGAGGUGUAGUGGAAUCUUUGCUGUCCACCAGAUGUAAUGUUUUAGUUCCUUAAAAAUAUGUGGGGGGGAAAGGGCGCACGAGACUAACAUUGAAAUUUUGAAGCAGCAGCAGAGAGAGUGAAUUUUAUUUUUGUUCAUUGUUGGUGGUAAAUUGUAAUGUUUUUCUGUAAUUGUUGUGAACACCCUGCUUUAUGUACACUGUAUUUUUUUUGAAGGGGGGAGAAUACUGGUAGUCCACAUGUCCCUGGCGUCCUUUGAGAGGAGUGUGCAGAAUGUAAUGCUCUUUUGUAAGAAACGUUUUAUGAUUUUUAAAUAAAUUUAGUGAACCUA